AUGAUGGCAGCGGAACAGUGCACCAUUUCGGAAUUAUUAUAUGAAGCCGAUUUGUUGUGUUAUGAAUAUUCCAUGCGAACGGUCCUGAGGUUACGUAAUGCAGCUGAUAUGAGUUAUGUGGAUGAGAAAGACCUGAACAAAAUUGGUAUGAGCAGACCGGAGCAAAAACGCUUGCAAGAAGUUUGCUGUCGGAGAUUUUCCAAGUCUUCGAUUAUGGGAAAGUUACGAAGGAAGAUCCUUGGCAAAGGAAGGCUAAAGAAAAAAGAACAUUCAUCGAAUUACCAAGAGCAGCACGUUAUACCUCUGGAAAAUAUCGUUUUAUCCAAGCAAUUGGGAAAAGGAGAGUUCGGAUCUGUUUAUCAAGCCACUUGGAAUAAUUCGAAUAACAAUGAGCAAAUACAGGUAGCUGUGAAAUGUAUUUUGCCUCAAAAACUAUUUGCCAAUCCUCGUAAUUUUUUGCAAGAAGUCGCAGUAUUACGCAAGAUGGAUCAUGAAUGUGUUGUCAGACUUUAUGGUGUAGUAUUGGAUACUAAAGCAGUUAUGUUGGUAUCUGAAUUGGCACCUUGUGGAUCAUUACUGGAGUGCCUUCUACGUGCUACAUUUUUUAUGGAUACACUUUGUAAAUUUUCGGUACAAAUUGCGCAGGGCAUGAAGUACCUAUCAGAUGAACGACUUAUUCAUCGUGACCUUGCAGCACGCAAUGUUCUUGUUUUUUCUACUGAAAGGGUGAAGAUUUCGGAUUUUGGAUUAAGCCGUUUUUUGGGCAUGGGCGAACAUUAUUAUCGAAGCGAAUUUUCAGAAGCAGUAAAACUACCGAUCGCGUGGUGUGCCCCUGAGGCCAUUAAUUACCUAAAGUUUACGUCUGCCAGUGACGUUUGGUCAUAUGGUGUGACAUUAUUUGAAAUAUUUUCUUUCGGUCAGAUGCCAUGGGCUGGCUUUAGCGGUGCACAGAUAUUAGCAGCAAUAGACUAUCCAAAUUUACAAAGAUUGGAACGUCCAGACGCUUGUCCACGUGAAUUCUAUGAACUCAUGAUUCAAUGCUGGACUCACAAACCGGAAGAACGUCCUUCUUUUACUGACAUCGUCCGCGAACUUCCAGAAAUCAUGCCUCAGUGUCUAGUUACUGUGGCAUCUUGCUGUGACGGAAUCAUUGACCACCUCCAGUAUUUAAAGAAUGAAACCAUAAUUGUGCUUGAUAAGUGUCCUUCGACAUAUCCAGAUGGCUACUUCUGGCGUGGAUACAUGCGGAAUGGUCGAACAGGUUUAUUUAGACCCGAAGAAACAGUUGCAAAGCUUGCCAUCGAAUUGCCGAACAGCAAAUGCAAUCAGUACUUGUCAUCAGUUCCCCUUUUAGCACAUUCAAAAAUCUCUCUCCAUGAUAAAGAAGAAACACAAGACAAGAAUAGCCAUAAGAAGUUGUUGAUAAGUGAACCUCAAGGUGACAUUCACCACACUUGUCAUGUUGGAGUUGAUGGGACAGCUUUUGGAUUAUUACAGAUAAAUCCAUUCUACAGAAUUGUUCCUUUAGUUUAG